AUGGCUUGGCGGGUGUGCCGGGCUUCGUUCGGCCUCGCUCGCCUGCUCCGUCUGGACGGCGGGGUCCCCAUGCCGCAGAUGGCCGCCGCCGCGGCGCCCGAUGCGCUCGCGCACGGCGCGGGGCACGCGUCGGUAGCGGCGACGCGCGGCGUCACGUCGCACGUCUACGACGUGGGCAGCGCGAGCAACAUCAAGUGGCACGAGGGGAUGGUGGCGAGGAGGCACAAGGAGGCGUUGCUGGGGCAGAAGGGGGUCAUUUUGUGGUUCACGGGGCUCUCGGGGUCAGGAAAGAGCACGGUGGCGUGCACCUUGGAGCACGCGCUGCACAAACUGGGCCGACACACGGUCCUCCUGGACGGCGACAACGUGCGGCACGGGCUCAAUGCGAAUCUAGGGUUCAGCCCCGAGGAUCGCAAGGAGAACAUUCGGCGGAUCGGUGAGGUCUCGAAGCUGUUCGCGGAGUCGGGCGCCAUCACGCUGGUCUCCUUCAUCUCUCCAUACCGCGCCGACCGCGACGCCGUUCGCGCUCGCGUCCAGGCCGGGGAUUUCGUAGAGGUCUACAUGCAGACGAGCCUGCAGGUCUGCGAGCAGCGGGACCCCAAGGGGCUGUACAAGGCCGCGCGGGCGGGCAAGAUCAAGUGUUUUACCGGGAUCGACGACCCGUACGAGGAGCCCGUAGCGCCGGAGAUCGCUCUGCACGCCACCUGCGCGGACGGGGAGGCGCAGCCGCCGCAGAAGCUCGCGGCGGAGAUCCUGAAGUACCUCGAGAGCCACGGGUACCUCGAGCCUCCGGCGGAUCCCGGAUCGGAUAGCGAUUAG